UCUUGCUAAGAAACGAAGGAAAGGAUAUGGAGGAGCAAUUUAUACUGAGAGUGCCCCCAGCCGUUGCUGAGAGAAUAGAGCGUCUGUUGAACGAUUCUUCUUCUUCUGAAGACAAAUCCUUGGACUUGUCAUUUUCUGAUGAUGGAAGGACUGGCAAAUUCGUAAUCGGGAAUGACAGUUUCUCCGCAUCCCUCUUGGAUCUUCCCACUGUUGUAGAGUCUUACAAAACAUAUGACGACAAUGUGUUGAUCAAAACUGCAGAUAUUGGCCAGAUGAUAAUGGUGAGAGAGGAGGGUGACAGUGCAGAAACAGGGGAGUACAGGCAUGGGCUUACUCCACCAAUGAGGGAUGCUCGAAGGCGAAGAUUUAGGCGGGAGCCUGACUUAAAUCCGGAGCUUGUCCGUCGUGUCGAGAAAGAUUUGCAAAACAUCAUGGCUGGUGGAACAGCUGAGAAUAUUGAUAUCCUUUUAUUUCGCUACGCUUCAUGUGUGUAUGUCUUUCUAUCUCUGAUGUGGGUGGAUAACAAAAAUGCACUUUCUCUACUUAUA